CUAGGCACCUGAACCCUUGCUUCUCCAUCCUCAGACAGACUGCAGGAAGAUGGCGGAAUUGUCGGAGAUGGAGAGGAGCAUAGAGACCAUCAUCAACGUCUUCCACCAGUACUCUGUGCGGCUGGGGCACCCGGACACCCUGAACCAGAAAGAAUUCAAACAGCUGGUGCAAAAAGAGCUGGAAAACUUCCUCAAGAAUAAGAAGAAGGAUGAGAAAGUCAUAAAUCAUAUCUUGGAGGACCUGGACACAAAUGUAGACAAGCAGCUGAGCUUCGAGGAGUUCAUCGUCCUGGUGGCCCGGCUGACGGUAGCCUCCCAUGAGAAGAUGCAUGAGAAUGCCCAAGGCCACGGCCACAGCCACUAA